GGGCAUGAAAGUUUAAAACCACUGGACAUUUUCCCGGACGCGUUCAGUGGCUUAAAGAAGCUGAAACCAUUCUGUAUAUAUUAAAAUUCCGGAGAGGCCCUUUGAGAGUACUGCAGUAUCUCUUCAGUAAUGCAUAGUGUAGAUUAUCGGACGCCGAAGCAGCGAGAUGCUUUCAGCAAAAGAAAUGACAACACAACAAAUCAUGCAGCAGACAAGCAACAAUUUGUGCCACUUCGUACUCGCAAUUGACUCAUUUCCGAUAAAAGUGGUUAAUAACAAGACUUAAUGUGAUAAUUCAUUUAGUUCGGGAACAUAAGAUAAAAAGAAAAUUUAGAAGGACAAUUUCGUUUGGUCCUUAAUUUCACUGGGAAGAGAGAGAGGAUUUAAUUUAAUUUUUUUCGAAGACGAAAAAAGUGACACAUGGAAAUAUGUGUUUCAUUUUAAUUCACUGGUUGGUGUUUCUAAUCAUGGAAUUAUUACCGAUUUUAAAUGGACAGACCACACAAGUAUCCAUCUUUCUAAUAAUGCCCGACCGAGCCAAAUUGAACGGAAAUCUAAAAACCACUUUUUCCGAAGCAGUUUAUACACUGGGAACACGAGUGUUCAGAAAGUCUCCCAUAUAUUCCAAUCUACGCUUAAAGCAAUACUCUACUAUUAUAGACAAGGAAAAUCCGCGUGAAAUUUUGGAUAUGUUUUGUGAAACUAUUUUCAAGUCGCAUGUGAAUACUAUUUUGUAUUUUCAAUUACACCCAACGAAGGACCCCACACCAAAGUUCAUCAUAAAUAUGGCGGAAUACUUAAGAAUACCUGUCAUUUCCUGGGACCCACAAUAUCCAGGCGCUCUACAGCAUAAACAAGAAUCUACUGUUCUUCAAAUGGCACCGACCAUAUAUCACCAAUGUGCUAUGAUGCUCGACAUUUUGAAGAGGUUUAAUUGGACUAAUUUCGCCAUCGUGUCAACGACGACGUUUAAUAAUUUGGAAUUUACCGGAUCCAUUGACAUUCUCAUCAAGGAGCACAACACCAAAGUCAAAUACGACAGAAAACGCAGAUUCAAUCUUCUCUCAUCCAUAGUUGUUAAUCUCCGGCCCUUGGAUAACGACACAGUGAUCAAAACAAAAUCGAGAGAGGCCUUAUUAAAACACAAUAAUCAGGAGAACCGAGUGUUUCUUAUCCAUGUUAGUUCCAGAGAGGCAAAGGACAUAUUGGAAGUAGCAGACGAACUUGGUCUAACGGGAAAAGAAUACAUUUGGAUCAUGUCCUCUUUCUGCUUAGGAAAUAUGGACUAUUCCAGACCACCAAGAGCUUAUCCCCUCGGAAGUUUAGGCGUUACAUAUUCCAGCAUUUCCAAGGAUGGAUUUGAAGAUCAACUGAUAGACGAUGCAAUGAAGACUUCAGUCAGAUUAUGGGUUGAGACUCUUAAGAAAACGUAUACAAACAAAGAUCAAUAUAAAAUAUCUCCCAAUUUUUCCUGCCUCUCUCAACAGCCUCUCCAACAAUGGAUGGAUGGAGAAAAGUUCUAUCGAGUGAUGAGAAAUGUUCGAUUGGACAGGCCUACACCUGUUCAAUUCAGCAACAACGGUGUGAACCAACUUGUAAAACUAAGGAUAGUGAAUAUUCAGCAGUUGACUGAAAAUCAUAAAAUUUCAAGAGUCUGGAAAGAGGUAGGUAGAUGGGUACCUAUUGAAUCGAAUGUCACACACAAAGCAGAAAUGAUUGUCGAGAUGUCAGGAAUUACAUGGCCGGGAAAUGCCGUGUUACCCCCACUGGGAAAACCCGAGAAAAGAUUUAUGAGGAUUGUCACUUUAAAGGAAAAGCCUUAUGUGUUCUACCUGGACAAGGAUGCUAAUGGAAAAUGUCCACCGCCUGCUGUACCGUGUCGGCUGAUGAAGAAGAUUAACCCUGCCUACGACAAUUCUCUACAAAACAGAACGGUCUCUCGGUGCUGUGCUGGGCUAUGUAUCGAUAUCUUAAGGGUACUCAGCUCCAGGAUGCAGUUUGAUUACGAACUGUACGAGGUUCCAGACCAAACAUGGGGACUCCCAGAUCAGCAAACGGGAGAGUGGAACGGAUUAAUUAAGCAAAUUCAGGAUGGUUUGGCAGACAUGGUGCUGACGUCACUGAAAAUAACCCCAAAACGUAGUGAGGUUGUCGAUUUCUCCAUCCCGUUUUUGGAGACUGGCAUCACUAUAAUGGUCUCUAUCAGAAAGGGGAACAUAUCACCUACGGCAUUCUUAGAGCCGUACGAUUAUCCGUCAUGGUGCGUCAUUUUGGUGUUCAGUGUGCAUGUGACUGGAGCCGCCAUAUUUAUUUAUGAAUGGCUGAGCCCCAGAGGACUAAACAGGGGCGCCACUCCAUUGAGAGAGCACAGAUUUUCCCUCUUCCGGUCAUUUUGGUUAAUCUGGGCAAUGCUGUUUGGCGCCUCUGUAUCCACAGACAACCCUCGAGGGGUUUCGAGUAGAUUCCUCUCCAAUGUGUGGGCUCUGUUCGCAUUAGUCUUCUUGGCAUCCUAUACAGCAAAUCUGGCCGCUUUCAUGAUCACGAAAGAUGAAUAUUACAACUUGUCUGGAAUAAAAGACUGGAGGCUGACCAAUCCAUACUUCAUGAAUCCUCCGUUCAAAUUUGCCACUAUACCUAAUGGAAGCACCGAGGAAAACCUUAGAAAGAAUCAUUACAAUAUGUACAAAUACAUGCAACGCUACAACAGACCAACGGUGGACGACGCCGUUAAAGCUCUCAAACAAGGGAAGAUUCAAGCCUUUAUUUACGAUGCCACUCCUCUAGAGUAUCAUACGGGUAAUGACGACAACUGCGAGCUGAAGACGGUAGGAGAGAAAUACGCCAUGACGGGUUACGGUAUUGCUGUCCCCCAAAAGAAGGCCAAACAUCUGGAGGAGAUUAACGAGGUCAUUCUGGAACUUCAAGAAAAUGGCGAACUAGAAAGAUUAAGAAGAUUCUGGUUGGCUGGUGCUUGUCACGUGAAGCGAAAACGAGGCCAAUCCAGCCAUACCAUUGGUAUUCCAAAUUUUACCAGUGCUUUCAUUUUGCUGGCUUCUGGUGUACUACUUGGUGGUUUGGUGUUGCUAAUGGAACAUUUGUAUUUCAAAUUCGGUCGUCGCUGUCUCCGGAAAUACGACAAAAAUAUGUGUUGUUCACUUGUAAGCUUGAGCAUGGGCCGAUCUCUUACAUUUGAACAGUCUGUUAUGAAAGCCUUGGCCAGACAGAAACACAAUGAAUGCAAGAAUCCUCGAUGUGAAGUUUUAUUGUGGAAGGAAAGGCACAAUCAUGAUUUAUCUCUGCUUUACAUAAAUAAACUCAAAGAACAGCUCCAAAGCUAUGGUAUAACACCAGAAGAGGACCCGAUGAAACAACUAGAAAUUUGUGAUACUUUUGAUAAACAUAAUGGAUAUCCAACCACGUGUCAAUUUCUGCGAAGUCCAUUCAAAAGUAUAGAAAACAGACACGAAUGCCAUCAAUUAGACUCUUAUGACAGUACCCCGGUCAGGUGGAAAAGGAGGUCAUUAAAACGAUCUCCGAGUUAUACAAACGCAGUGGAAGUGCCAGUUCCUGAGAUCUCAGAAAAACAAAAAGUGCGAUUUAACGAAGGAAAAUUUUAUUACGAGGUAGACAAUGAGGGUUCCGAUCAGGAGACACUUUGAUUCAUUUCCAGAUUGGAGUGUCAUUGCUCUCUCUCUCCAUUUUUAUUGUAAACCUUAGUUAUUUAAGGUAACCUAUGUUAACAUCGCCUAUGCCGGUCCAUUGUCUGUCGAUCGUAAUCUUUAGGACAAUUUCAAAUCAUUUUUUUUUUCUGCAACAAAAAUAAAACAUCUCAAUAUUUGCAGUAUUUUGAGAGGGAAUUUUAAAAAAACUGAUAAGCUUAAUAUCAAAUUGAGGCCCCAAAGUUUCUUAUAUGACUUUCAUAUUUGCGUGACCGUCUUCCUAGGUGAAAAUCUUGUAACAUAAAGCAAAACUGAGAUUCUUCUUUCGUUAUUGAAGUAUUUUGUUCCGAGUCUGUCUCAUAAAUUUCCAGUGAACAAUUUCAAAACUAGGAAAUUCAUGUCUCUUGUGAAGGAGAGUGUGCCCCGGUGUGAAAAUAUUGAUUGUGUGAAUGCAGUACUCAUGUAUAUGUACACAUGUUGGGUUGUUAGAUCAUUAUACGUCUUAACAUAAUUAUUGAAGAAAAACGUAAAAUGUUGUUGCAUAAAAUCAAAGUUGACCGUUUAGGGUAAUGGACCAUUAGUCUAUCAAAGUUGGUAUAAAAAAAUAUUUGUUUGGUGAAUUUAAAUUAACUUUAUCAUUGAAUUUAAAAGUUUUGUUUUAGAUUGUAUAUCAUUAACUAUCAUUACAUUUUAGUAUAUCUUACAUUUCUGCAACAUUGUCUUUUAUUCAUGAAAAAUAUACUAUCAUCUAAGAAAAAAAUGUAAUGAAUUUGUUAAAGUACACUUGGCUAUGAAAUUAAAGAUGACAUGUAU